CGCUUUUGCCCCUUUGGUCACUUCCCCCUCAUUUUUCAAACCCUUAUUUCAUUUCCCCCUUUCAAACCCUCGAUUCAUUUCACUCACACAUCCAUUUCUCUUCAAACCCACUUCACAGUACCAGUUGCCCUGUAGAAAUUAAUUAUGGCCCCUUCAAGGAAAUCAAAACUGACAAAAUCUUGUCCCAAUACCACUACCACCAACCUUUUAAAGGCACUAAAAAGAAACAAAUCGAUGGAGACUGGUGGGGUAAAAGAAAAGUCGAAAAGGAAUGUGGUGCAGCCUUCCCCUCAAGAUUCUUCCCCUCAAAAUUCCUCUCCUCAGUCCAUAAAGAAAAAGGCCAUUUCUACCCGCCUACAACAGCAAUUGAACAAGAAGAGGAAACGGGUGGAAGAACCAGUGGCUAAUAAAGAAGGAGUUAAGCUAUUAAAACGGGGUGCAGUUACGAUGCAUAGGAUUAUUAGGAGAAAGAUGUUGGGAGAGAAAUUAACAGUGAGUUUCAACGCAAAGGGUGAGCCGUACGGUGCCGUUGCCACACAGAUGCAAUCUUACAUUGGGGUUCUUGCGAGAACUAAGGUCCCUAUUUGGUAUGAAACUUGGAAACGAGUGCCAAAAGAAAGAAAAAACAAAAUAUGGGAUUGUGUGCAGAUGGCGUUCGAUGUGCCAUUAACAGCAAGGAGGGUUGUGUUAAAAUCUGCCUGCCAGAAGUGGAGGGACUUCAAGAGCCGUUUAACAACGAAUUAUAUUCUACCUUUUCGUGAACAACCUGAGUUGCUUGCACAUCCACCGGCAGACUAUACAUUUAUUGAAAAGCCACAUUGGGACAUUUUUGUUGCCGAUCGUUUAUCUAAAGAUUUUCUAGAAAUACACAAUAAGCAGAAAGGUAGAAGGAGCUUGAAUCUAUAUGGUCACUACAUGUCUCGGAAGGGUUAUGCCAACUUGGAACAAGAAAUUUCUGGUGGUGAUCCUGAAAUGGAGAUAGACCGGGCAAGUACAUGGCUCCUUGCACGGUGUGAUAAAGCUGGGAAGUAUAAGUCGAAAAAAAUUGAGACCAUUGCUGAAGAUAUUGAGAAGAUGAAGAAGAAAGUUCAUGAUGGGGAUUUGACAGAGGUAGGCACGGAUGAUGUGUUGACCAAAGUUCUGGGGAAUCCUGAGCACCGCGGAAGGGUCCGUGGUCAAGGGAGUUAUGUUAAACAGUCUGUCUACUUCAAUCUUCCCAAACAAAAAAGGAAAAGCCGAACAAUUGAAGAGAAGAUCCAGGAAGGUAUUCAGAAAUUUAUGACAGAAGAGACUGAUAAGAUUAUUCGAGACAGAGAUGCAUUUUGGGCUGCAGAAAUGGCGAAGCUCAAAGAAGCUUUAGGUUUAAAGAAAUUGUUUGCUGAAGAGAGUCCAAAUAUUGGUUCACAACAAGGAAGUUGUUCGAAAGGAGGAGUUGCUAAUUUGGAGUUGGAGUUAGUAGCAGCGAGAAAGAAACUAGAUCUCGGUGGAGAUCAAGGUUCUGCUGAAGAGAAAGAUGCUGAGAAGGAUGAGUUUGUAGAGAAAGAUGUUGCUGAAGAGAAGAAUGGGGUUGAAGAAAUACAAAGGGAGGAAAAUGGUGAAGUGAAGGGAUCUGAGGUUCUUGAAGUUGUGGACAACCCUGUGCACAACCCUAUGGACGACGCUGCAUUGAUAAACCAACGUCCUUCUACAUGGGAAUUGUUCAUUGAAACCCCCACCAAUGUUGUUGCUCAUGCAACAGUUGACAUGGUUUCUACUGUGCUUCACGGAAAGCCAAUUGGAGAAGAUAAUGCACGAGUCUCCAUUACUCAUGUAAUUCAAGGAGCUGCUCACAUCCCGUUUCCAAUCGAAGAUGAGAUCACUACUGUGGAACAAGCUGUUGGGACAUUUAUUGCGUGGCCAAGAAACCUCUUACGGGAAGUGAAUGCAGCCAGUGAUGAUAUGGUGAAACCUCGAACCGUGAAGGGAGGCAAGAAAAAUGGAAUAAAGAAAAUGAAGAAGGUGAAUGAGUUGGUCUCGGAACCCGAUUCUGUGGUUAACAUGGGCCCUGACUUUCCUCCUACUUUAAAGAAAUUAUGGCUUUGGGCAAGUGCUACUUUAAAAGAUGGUCGCUCACACCCUUUUCAGUUAUCCAAAGAAGCUUUUGGAUCGACUGAUAAGAAGUGUUUGUUUAAAUCAGACUUUAAAGCUUUGUGCUUUGGAGGUGAAAUUUCAGGAGGAGUCAUUUGCAUGUUUAUCAAUGUUCUCCAAGAUCAUUUGAGAAAGCACAAAAUGACAGACAUGAUAACAUUUGUUAAUCCGUCCAAGAUUGGCGCCAUCGGUUGUGGUACUCCAGCAGCGAGAUCACGUGCCCUCUCUCUUAGAUUCAAAGAUGCCAAGCCAGGCCAAGUUUUUCUUUUGCCAUAUCACCACACGAACCACUGGGCACUUACUGUGGUUAAUCCAAAUGCACAACUGGUUUACCACAUGGACCCGUUAAAGCGGCGCAUCGCAAAUGAAGAAUGGAUCGAAGUGGUUAACAAUGGCAUCAAAAUUUACAGGGAGGAGGAGAAGAUAAUUCUCAAGAAGAAAAUAAACUGGGAGAAUUUAGCGGUAUAA